AUGCCCUACAAUACUCGUCGCAAGUCUUUGUCUCUGCCUUUAUUGGGAAUUCAUGUUCCAAACACAUCUCGCCGCUCUCCUUCUACCUCAAAAUCGGCUCACGCGACCGACGAGAAUUGCCAUCCUUCCAAAAAGGUAAAGAGAUCGCACGACUCGGCCUCGACAUCUCCAGAGCCUACAGAGCGCGCCUCGAAUUCAAAUCGACUGUCAGCUCCUGUUCGCCCGACUGGUCGACGCGCGACACUGGAACCGACACCUCCGCUAUCGCCCGCUGCUGGUGGCGCUGCACCUAAGAUCGACCUCGAGGGCAUCAAUGAUGAUAUCGUGGUCGGGGUGAUUGAGCAGUUGGAAAAGACGGCUAAUCGCCCGCACUUGGUCAAAGAACUCGCUGCAGUUCUCAUCACAUUCAACGAUAAUGUGGCAAAUUCCGCGAACCCUGCUGCUUUAUUGUCUUCCCGCCUGAGCGCCUACAUGAAGCGUCCUUGGACGGCACUGGCGCCGUGUCCCCUGGCCAAGGAGCUCAUUCCUAUACAUCCUCGCAAGGUGUACUACUACCUCACCACUCAAGCUCGCCAGCCUAUCCCUGAGAGCUCCGACGAUAUCAUAAUACCCGGCCUUGAAGGCAAGGUCAUGGCGCCCAGUGUCUCCAGCAUGGACGACGAGGAGGAUGCCAUGGCGCGACAACGCUCCCCAAGCCCCGAGGUCGAUUUGUCUUCACCCGACUUUGAAGACGGAGACAUUGAUUUGGAUGGAUCCAGUAGCGCGAGUCAUAGCUCAAGCUUCGCGGACCAUCGUCACAUGCGCGUGUUUCACUCUCACCGUGCGACUUCUCCACCGCUCGAGGGUGAUGAGAAGGAGUUUACGCAGACGGCUAGCGCUGUUCGUGAGCGGGCCUCCGAGCAAAAAGCAAGCCAACUAGCGCAACCUAAGGGCGGUUACUCUGCACUCACAGAGGCUCUCCAAGGGUUAGAUGACAUGAGCAUGAGCAUCUCCGGAACGCCGGUUGAUGAUAGCCCCCUAUCAUUCGGUGACGACCAAAUGUCGCAAACCCAGGAUAGGUACUUCUCGGAGGCCUACCAGGAGCGGCCUCGUCCGCAAGAACAAGUUCGAAAGCAGGAUUUUGAUGAGAAUGCUGCUGCUUCCCUCUUUGGAACCUCUCCAUCUCCAUCACUUGCGUUGUCCAUCUCGUCUGGAACGAGUGAUGACGGGUCGGAUAUCGAGAGUGCUCCUGGUUCUCUCGGAGCUGCCCCACGUAUCGCUCUUCCGGAAGAUCCCAGCCUGGCACGUAUGUCGACACUCAAGAGGCCAAUCGACAUGCUUGACGAUGAACUUCCGGAUUUGGACAUGUCCGAUGCCGAUGCCGAAGAUAAAAUAGCUGUGAAUGCUAUGUUACCUCUGCAUCUCUCGUCUGAGAUGGCAUCCGACUCAUGGCGCGAGCUCCAAAGUCCAGAGAGCGUGAAUGUUGACGAACUUGAUGAGAUGUUCGACGAGAUCUAA